AUGCGUAUCCCCUAUGUGCCGAAUCCCCCGCCGACUUCCACUCCCGAGGAAGCGGAUAUCCUUGCGCGAGUCCAAGCUCGACGGGGGGAACGGGGCCUGAUUCCGCUAGAUCUCGCGCUUCUGCACUCCUUUCCCGUCGCAGACGGAUGGAAUUCGUUCCUGGGAGCAAUCCGAAAUAGAACCAGUCUCCCGGCAGACAUCCGCGAAAUUGGCAUCUGUCGGGUCGCCGCCAUCAACGGCGCAUGGUUUGAGUGGGACGCCCAUGCACCGAUAUUGAGAGCUGCGGGAAUGAGCGAGGAGGGGAUGCGUAUCAUCGAGAAUGCGCAGCUCACUGGGGUGGAAGAUCAGGUGACCAAGGUAUUGAAUCGCCAGCAGAUAGCGGUGCUCCGAUACGCCGAUGCAAUGACCAAGACCGUCUCCGUGCCCGACGAGGUAUUCCAGGAACUGAAGGAUUGUUUCGGAGAGAAAGAAAUUGUGGAAAUCACAGCCACAGUAGCCGCCUACAACUGCAUAACAAGACGCAGCCGUAUCACGGUGGGGACGAUAACUGUAGUAUGUAGAUAUCAGCCGUGUCCGUACAAAUGCCGGAAGAGCUGUAAUAAUUUGAAGCCCGUGGUUAGCAGCAUACCUCCCAGGAAGGACAAGAUUAUCUACCUCGAAACAAUCUGCCACAUGACUGAUAAUUCCCGUAUCAGUUCUAAGCCUGCUGACGUAACUCCUCACAAGUCCCAGAAUCAUCCGUAA